UGGGCACAAGCAUCCCUGACGUACUCUCCAGCCUAAUAAAACCGCAUGCAUCUCCUGCGCCAAAACACUGACACACACCACCACCAACAACAACAACAGAAAACUCCAACAACUGAGGACUUCGCAAACAUGUCUUUUUUUUCGGGAAUGCUUGGCAAUAAAGGAGCCGAAUCAAUGGUCGACCAAGCUGUGGACAAAGCAUCUACUGUGGUUAAAAAAAAAAUGAAGGAAACAAUUACUGGAAAGAAGCAGCCAACCGAUAAGACCGGAGGCAUGGGAGGGCUUUUCCCAAGUAGUGGAGAUAAUAAGCCAAAGGAAAAAUCAGGAGGACUGUUUGGCGGCUUGCUUUCAACAGAAAAACCAGCAGAAAACCCUCCUGCAGCAGCCACAAGUGCAGCAGACAGCACUCCAAGUAAACCAGCAGACCCCGAAUUCAACGACGCCCUGGAUGAACUUGCUAAUGAUUUCUAAUUGAAGUGAUGAUCCCCGGCUGAAGACAAAAGCGCAGUCUCCAUGUGUCAUGAACUUAAACAACACAAGAUGUUCAUUUGUUGCUCAUGUAAAUAGUUUUUUAAAUAUGGAUGCCUCUUGAAUUUCUGAUACAACCUACUAUGCCUGAUUACAUUCAUAUUAGGUUCUUUGUUCAGAUAAUUCAAGUUCAUUAUGCAUGUUUUGUUUAUAGAUAUUGUGUGAUAAAAGCAGAAUAAACAGAAUUUAUCACUUAUUUAAAAAGUCUAUUUUUCUCACCAACAUGAGCAUGGUUUUAGGCUUGUUUUGAAAAUUGUAUUCACAAAACACUUGAACUAAUCAAGUUUCUGUAAAAGUUUUUAGCUUGAAGAUUUCUUUUAAAACCUAUUCAGAAAUAGGGAGAAGGAUUAAGCCAAGAGUAAGGGCAGGGUUGACCUCGUUGCUAAGGAUGAUGUCAGCAUGAUCAGUAAUUACGUCUCUGUCAGAGAUCAUUCUGCUAUAUUCAAAUAAAGGUUUUAAAGUGCAGGCCAAGUCACUAAUUGCAUCCAAAAAAGUAUGUUUUACCUUUAUUAUUUUAGAGAUCAGGGUGUCACGAUGGCAGAGUGGAUUCACAAUUGAUUCACAGUAAUAAAGUUGCUAAUUCG